AUGAGUGACGGUCGUAGAUUCCGCUGUCGACCCGCACAAAACGUAGUGGUGUUGACUCUGUGCGGGCUGAUCGCUGCGUUGAGAACGGGUGAGAGAUGGCGCGCAGCCGAGAGCUUAUACGAUCGACAGUAUGCUCCAAGACAACGCUAUGAGCCCUAUCACCUCAGUCCCUCGAGUCAGAUAGCCUUCGCCGCAGUCCCGCUACACGCACCAUUACCUAUUCUGCACGUGCUCGCCCGCGCUUCUCCCGUGCGGCCCCGACACCCAUUGCCAGUUCCACCCACCUACGAACCAGAUUUGCAGGCCUACGCCUCCGCAUACACUGAAGAUUACACUGCAUUUAACUCGCCGUACGCUCACAGACCCGCUCCGAGUGAAGAAGAUGAAGAGGCACAAGCGGUUGUAAUAUACGCUCGCCCCAACAAAAACGGGGGCUAUUCCUACAGCAAGCGACCCGCAGCCUCCACCCCCAGGCCCAAACGGGAACCUAUCGUCUUUAGAAUUCACAAAUAUAAAAUAACCAAAGAAUAA